CCCAAACACAGCAAUAAACAGCUACACCACGACGACAUGGCAGGCAUCUUCGAGCAGUCGCGCAACGGCGGAACUCUGUUCCUUGGCGGAAACAAAAUCAGCGGGCAGGACAUCCGCGACCAGAACGUCCUCGCGACACAGGCAAUCGCCAAUGUGAUCAAGUCGUCGUUCGGGCCCUCGGGCCUGGACAAGAUGAUGGUGGACGACAUCGGUGACGUUACCGUAACCAACGACGGCGCGACUAUUCUCAGUCUGCUCGACAUCGAACACCCCGCAGGCAAAAUUCUCGUCGAUUUGGCACAGCAACAGGACAAGGAGGUCGGAGACGGCACAACAUCGGUUGUCAUAAUAGCAGCUGAGCUGUUGCGAAGGGCAAACGAACUUAUGAAGAACAAGAUUCACCCCACUACCAUCAUCACAGGCUACAGGCUGGCACUGAGGGAGGCGGUCAAGUACAUGAACGAGAACAUCAGCACAAAGGUUGACACCUUGGGUCGCGAGUCCCUGAUCAACAUUGCCAAGACGUCCAUGUCUAGCAAGAUCAUCGGGUCCGACUCUGACUUCUUCGCCAACAUGGUCGUAGAUGGCAUGUUGGCCGUCAAGGCGGCCAACAACAAGAACGAAGUCAAGUACCCGGUCAAAGCAGUCAACAUCCUCAAGGCACACGGUCAGAGCGUAACUCAGUCAAUGUUGGUCAAGGGAUACGCCCUGAACUGCACAGUCGCCUCGCAAGCCAUGAAGACACGCAUCACGGACGCCAAGAUCGCUUGUUUGGAUAUCAACCUGCAGAAGGAGCGAAUGAAGCUGGGCGUGCACAUCACCAUCGACGACCCGGAGCAGCUGGAGAAGAUCCGGGAACGAGAAGCCGGAAUCGUCACCGAACGCAUCGAGAUGAUUCUCAAGGCCGGUGCCAACGUCGUUUUCACAACAAAGGGCAUUGACGACCUGUGUCUGAAACACUUCAUCGAGAGGGGCGCGAUGGCGGUGCGAAGGUGCAAGAAGGAGGACUUACGAAGAAUAGCAAAGGCUACUGGAGCAACAUUGGUCAGCACAUUGUCCGACCUGAACGGUGAUGAGAAGUUCGAGGCUUCAAAUCUUGGUCAAGCGGAAGAAGUGUCCCAAGAGCGAAUCUCGGAUGACGAGUGCAUACUGGUUAAGGGCACCAAGGCCCAUUCAUCUGCAUCAAUCAUUCUGCGAGGAGCCAACGAUUACGCCUUGGACGAGAUGGAGCGAUCGGUGCACGACUCCCUAUCAGCCGUUAAGCGUGCUCUCGAGAGUGGACGUAUUGUCCCUGGUGGAGGCGCUGUCGAGACCGCUCUGCACAUCUACCUGGAGGAGUGGGCAACAUCGGUGGGCUCUCGUGAACAGCUAGCAAUAGCCGCCUUCGCACAGUCUCUACUCGCUAUCCCCAAGACCCUCGCCAUCAACGCCGCUAAGGACGCCACUGAACUUGUCGCCAACCUGCGCUCACGACACGCCCUCUCACAACGCACAGUAAACCCGUCAGACCCAACUUCGCAAGACGCCAAGCAGCUCGCCAAGUCCAAGAACUACAAGAACUACGGUCUGGAUCUUGCAAACGGCAAGGUACACGAUUGCCUGAAGGCGGGUGUCCUAGAGCCGAGUAUGAGCAAGGUCAAGCAGCUGAAAUCUGCUGUGGAAGCCUGUGUGGCGAUCAUGCGCAUCGACACGCUGAUCAAGCUUGAUCCCGAGGAGAGGGGUGGUGGAGAGGAUGAUGGGCACGGACAUUAGAUGAUUGACGAGGUCACGACCUGCUGAGUAGCAAAGAGAGGAUAUAACGACAACGUUGUAAUGCAAACUCGACGUCACGAAUCAUGAAUAUGGAUCCCUGAAAAUAUGCAUGCAGUUGCAGAUCUUCGUGAGACAAGAUCGUUGGGUAUAUCACUAACCUAUCUAGCUUUUUGAAAGGGGAUACAUUUUUCUAAGAAGAUUCCUCUUGUCAUACCAUACAUGGCCCUGUUCCUCACCACCCAAUACUCAAUUUUUAGCCUUCA